AUGAAGUACUCCUGUGCACUGCUCCUUUUGGCCAUCCUGGGAUGCUGCCUGGUGAGGCUGUCGAGUGCUGCCACAGGCACAACCACUACUACUACUACGGAUGCCUCCACCUCCACCACCACCACCACAGCCGCGUCCACCACUACCACUACCGACUCCUCGAACACCACAACCACCACCACAGAUGCUUCCUCCGGCAAAAAGAAGCACGUGAUCCACUAUAAGCGCAAGACCCACCUGCCCAAGAAGAUCAAGAAGAUCCACCGCAAGAGGAGGAGCAGCGAUUAA